GGAUAUGAGGAGAGAAAAGGUAGAAUGAGGAGCGAGGCGGAGAAGAAGAAGAAGGUUGCACUGUACAAGCUGCUGUUUUCAUUUGCGGACGGGGUGGACGUGGGUUUGAUGAUCCUGGGCACGCUCGGAGCCGUCGCCAAUGGCCUCUCGGCCCCGCUCAUGACCCUCCUCUUCGCUCAACUUAUUCACGCUUUUGCCACUCUUCAUCCAUCCCUUCUUCUUCAUCACAUCUCCCAGGUAUCCAUCAAGUAUGUUUAUCUUGCAAUCGGUUCUGGUAUAGCUUCUUUUUUACAAAUGUCGUGUUGGAUGAUUAGUGGAGAGAGACAAGCAAGUCGUAUAAGAGGGUUGUACUUGCAAACAAUUCUGAGACAGGACAUUGCAUUCUUUGACACUCAAACUGCAUCUGGAGAGAUAGUAAGUACAAUGUCCGCUGACACUAUUCUUAUUCAACAAGCCAUUGGUGAAAAGGUUGGCAACUUCAUACAAUUUAUAUCAACAUUCAUCGGAGGCUUCACAAUUGCAUAUAUAAAAGGAUGGCUGCUCGCGUUGAUUUUAUCUUCAUGCAUACCCAUCCUCGUUAUCGUGGGUGGAUUAACAGCAUCUCUCAUGUCAAAGAUGUCAAGUCGUGGACAAGUUGCAUAUGCACAUGCCGGAAAUCUAGCAGUGCAGACAAUAAAAGGGAUUAGAACGGUUGCCUCAUUCACAGGAGAGAAAUGUGCAACAGACAAAUAUGAUGACAAGCUCCAAAUUGCGUAUAAAUCAACGGUGCAACAAGGAGUGGCUUCUGGUUUAGGACUUGGUGUUAUGUCACUAGUGGUUAAUUGUACUUAUGCCCUAGCUAUAUGGUACGGUUCCAAGCUUAUAAUCCACAAUGGAUACGUAGGAGGAGACGUGAUUAACAUUCUUUUAGCCAUCAUUACCGGUGGAACGUCACUAGGCCAAGCAAGUCCAUCUCUCAGUGCAUUUGCAGCAGGGCAGGCAGCAGCAUACAAAAUGUUUGAAACAAUAAACCGAGAAACACAUAUCAAUGUGGAUGACUCAAAUGGCAUUGAAAUGAAAGACAUGAGGGGUGAUAUUGAAUUCAAGGAUGUUUAUUUCACAUAUCCAGCAAGGAAAGAUGCACAAAUCUUUGCAGGAUUUUCACUUCAUGUCCCAAGUGGCAAAGUUGCAGCUCUUGUUGGUCCUAGUGGAAGUGGAAAGUCUUCCGUCAUCAAUUUGCUUGAAAGGUUUUAUGAUCCCGAUUCAGGAGAAGUGAUCAUAGACCACAUUAAUAUCAAGAAUUUCAAGGUCAAGUGGUUAAGGGAGAAAAUGGGAUUAGUGAGCCAAGAACCAUUCUUGUUCUCUACUAGCAUAAAAGAGAACAUAGCAUAUGGUAAGACAAAUGCUACUGAUACAGAAAUCACAAAGGCAAUAGAGCUCGCAAAUGCUGUCGAAUUCAUUGACAAGCUCCCUAAGGGGCUUGAUACAGUGGUGGGUGAAAACGGAACACAACUCUCGGGUGGACAAAAGCAAAGGAUUGCAAUAGCAAGAGCUAUUGUUAAAGACCCAAAAAUCCUUCUCCUUGAUGAAGCCACUAGUGCUUUGGAUGCAGAAUCAGAACGGGUUGUGCAAGAAGCACUUGACAAGCUUAUGAAGGACAAAACCACUCUUGUUAUUGCUCAUCGUUUGACUACGAUUCGGAAUGCCGAUCUAAUCAACGUACUGGAAAGUGGGAAACUUGUGGAACACGGAAGCCAUGAUGAGUUAAUCCGAGAUAGUUGUGGGGUAUACGCGCAGUUAGUAAGAUUGCAAGUACAGCAGGCAUAUGCAAAUGUGGAGAAUGAUGAUGAUGAUGAUGAUGAUGAUGAUGAUGAUGAUGAUGAUGAUGAUGAUGAGGAGGAGGAGGAGGAGGAGGAGGAGGAGUUAUCAACAAAUAAGUCUGUCACGCUUACUGAUCCAAUUUACAUCCAAGAAGACCAAAUCAGAAAUGAAGACCAAGAAAGAGUGGGUGAUAAAACAUUGAAGAGAAGGAACACUAAUACCGCAGCCGCGUCUUUCAGAAGGCUUGCCGCUCUUAACAAACCAGAGAUUCCAUAUUUGUUUCUGGGAGUAAUAGCUGCAUGCUUUCGAGGACUGAUCUUCCCCUUAUCGGGCACCCUACUCUCCAUAGCGAUCAAAGUUUUCUUUGAGCCUCAAACCAAAUUGCAAAAAGAUUCCAUCUUCUGGGCAUUCAUGUACAUUCUUUUCGGCCUUUUUACUUUAUUAGUUGUGACCAUCCAGGAUUUCUUCUUUGGAGUUGCGGGUGGGAAAUUAAUUCAGAGAAUACGUUCAUUGACAUUCAAGAAAGUUGUCUACCAAGAGAUAACCUGGUUUGAUCAUCCUUCAAACUCAAGUGGUUCUAUUGGGGCAAGAUUGUCUGUUGAUGCUUCCAGUGUUAGGAAGCUAGUAGGAGACGCUUUGGCACUUAUCAUUCAGAACAUAGCAGCCAUUUUGGCAGCCCUCAUAAUUGCCUUCUCAUCCAAUUGGGUUCUGGCUAUAACUGUUCUCCUUAUGUUACCGUUUAUAGGAUUGCAAGGUUUUGUACAGAUGAAGUUUUACGAAGGCUUUAGCAGAGGCGUGAAGGAGAUGUACGAAGAGGCGAGUCAAAUUGCAAAUGAUGCAGUUGGGAGUAUUAGAACGGUUGUAUCAUUUUGUGCAGAAGAGAAGGUUAUGGCGAUGUAUGAAAAGAAAUGUGAAGGCCCUUUGAAGGAAGGGAUCAAAGUAGGAAUUGUGAGCGGGAUGAGUUUAGGAAUUGGUUCUGCAGUUCUCUAUCUUGCAACUGCGUUAUGUUUCUAUGUAGGAGCCAUUCUUGUUGAACAUGACAAGGCCAGCUUUGCUCAAAUCUUUAAGGUUUUCUUUGCAUUGGCAACGACUGCACAUGGGGUCUCUCAAGCUUCUAUCACAGCACCAGACCUUAGUAAGGCUUGGGAUUCAGCGGCCUCCAUAUUUGACAUUCUUGAAAGAAAACCAAAGAUCGAUAGUAGUAGUGAGCAAGGUAUAGUUUUGGCUAGCGUCCGGGGAGAAAUUGAGUUGCAGCAUGUCAUUUUCCGAUAUCCAACUCGCCCUGAUACCUUGAUUUUCAAGGACUUGUGCCUAACCAUGCCCGCUGGAAAGACAUGUGCUCUAGUAGGAGAAAGUGGAUGUGGGAAAUCAAGUGUGAUUGGGCUAUUAGAAAGAUUUUAUGAUCCUGAUUCUGGAGAGGUGUUACUAGAUGGAGUUGCAAUCAGGAAACUAAAGUUGAGGUGGCUCAGGCAACAAAUGGGGGUGGUGAGCCAAGAGCCAGUGCUGUUGAACGAGACGAUUCGCGACAACAUAGCAUAUGGGAGCUGCGGCGGCAAUGUGACAGAGGAAGAGAUGAUGGAGGCGGCAAAUUCAUCCAAUGCGCACAACUUUAUCUCAGCGCUGCCUCAGGGCUACGAAACUGUGGUGGGGGAGAGAGGGGUGCAGCUAUCAGGAGGCCAAAAGCAGCGAAUAGCUAUUGCCCGGGCGAUCCUUAAGAACCCCAGAGUCCUUAUGCUGGACGAGGCUACAAGUGCACUAGACAAUGAAUCUGAGCGUGUUGUGCAAGAGGCAUUAGAGCGCGUGAGUGUGAACCGGACCACCAUCAUGGUGGCGCAUCGUCUGUCCACUAUUGCAAGGGCAGACUUGAUUGCAGUGCUGAAGAAUGGAGUGGUCACAGAGAAGGGAAGACACGACGAACUUUUGAGUAUCAAAGACGGAGUUUAUGCUUCCUUGCUCGCACUUCACACUCACACAACAACAACCUAACCUCAAAUUAAAUCUAUGUACAACUAACUAAUCCAACAAUCACGCAUUUGAUUUAAUAUAAUUAAUACAUGCAACAACUCAAACAUUUUCUUAUCCUCGUGUAUCUGUACACUAUAUAUACAUAUACGUAGUAUAAUACUCUGUACAAAACUACUAAUACGAAUUAAGAUGAGUCCUUUUUCUAUAUAUCCAAAUGUUACCAUCUUUUUCUAGGUUCAA